UGUUCUGUAUUUAUACUUUAAUCAAUCAUAUUUAGUAACUGAUAUACUAUACUUCUAUCAAAAACAUAGGAUUUUGGAAUUGCGCUUAAUGGAUUCUUCUUAGGCACGUCUUUCCUUGGAUUUACGUUUCGAGCUUGUAUUUUUCCUGUCUUUUUUUUAAUUCUGCGUCUCAAAGUGUUCGUUUUCGCGUAAUAUCUCGAUAAUAGUGAUUUAUAUCAAAUACUUGUUACAUAUUGUCGGCAAUAUCUUGCAAAAUGAUUUAAUAACAAUACAAUUAUUUGUCGCGGAUUUCACGUUACGAAUAAAAUCAGCCUCAUUUUGCUCUUGUAUGAAAUAUCGAUUUUUAAGCAAUUCCUUUAAAUUAAACUAUUUUGAGAUCUGAUGUUAAAUAGAUGGACUGGUACAAGUUUAGAUCUUUAUUACAAGGAAAAUCUUGCUCAUUCAUCUUCAUAAAAUUCUGUGAGCAAGGUUUUACAAAAUGGCCAUUGCAAAGAAUUUCCUAGUUUUAUUUUUUUAAUAUCUAUUAUUGAAAGUGAUAAUACACUUCUCUUAAUUUAAUCAUUAGAUGAUUUUAACUUGGAGCAAUAUGUUAAAUGAAAACUUCAGAAAUUCUUAUUAGAUAUUAGGCAAAUUUGCUUAAAAUCUUUAGCAGAAUUAUUUCUGGAAUAUAUCACCCUAAGCUUUGGAGAUUACAAUUUGCAAAGGGUAAUAGUCAGUUAAGUUAAUCAAAGGGUAAUGUUUAGCGUUGAGAAAUUUAAUUCACUUGAAUUUUAUAAAUUAUACAAGUGAAUAAUAUUAUUGCAUUCUCUGGUUUAGAUAUUUUAAAACCUUAUGCUUCAUCAACACAUAAGUCAACUUGAUAAACAUUUAGAAUAUGUAACAAGUAUAUCUUUGUAGGAAAUAGAAUCAAUACAGUCGAUUCUUUUUUCUACUAACAUAUUAUUCAUCUACACAAUUCAUCAAAUUUAAUGUAAAUCUUAUUCUGAUAUUUAAAUUUGGGUUUUUGUUGCUUUAUCCUAUAAAAUAUUUCAUGGUAGUUCAGUCCUCUGUAUACACAAACUCCAAAACGUCCAGAUCAUUAUUUUGGUUGUAUAUUUAAAGAUUUACUGCUCAAUUCUUGAUAUGCAUAAUGGAUAGAGGGUUAAAGCCCAUCUGGGCGUGCAGGACGUCAGCUUCUGAUGAAGCAUCUGAAUUGGAGUACUAUCUGCAGAAGCAACUUGAAGAUGAUGUUGCGAGAAUAUUUGAUGAAUCAAUUUAUUCAGACCUUGAACUAAGUUGUGGCAAACAAAAACUACUCACACAUACAUGUUUACUAAAAGCGCGUACUAAUACAUUUUAUAACACACUGCAAACGAUUUUGCAUGUCAAUGUUAACCAGCGUAUCUUUGAUGAAAUUUAUUCAUUUGUAAGCGAUGUUUAUACUGAAUGCAAUAUAAAACAUCAAGAAGCUGAAAUUCUUCAAUAUCUAAAAGAAAAUCUACAAUUUGAGAAAAAAGAUGCUUAUUAUUUAAGCAAGGACGAUUUACCAGAUGAAAAUGAAAUAUUUUUGACACCAAAAUGUCUUAGUCCUUUUCCUGAACAAGAAUUGAAGGGAAAUCCGUUGAGCCCAAACACUGAAUUGACUAAAGAGUAUUAUGCAUUAGUGCCAAUAGACGGACAUACAUUUGAUCAAGAAAUUGGAGAACAAGAUGCUUUAUCAAAUGCAUUUCAAUCUAUGAUCAACGCCCAGGCAAAGGAAACUAUUAAGCAGCAACUUUCACCACGUAACAAACCUACAUCAUUGGCUCUUACAUCUAGCCAUACAACUAAAACUAUUCAACAUUCCAACAGUUGUGAUACUUUUGAUUCCAAUCGCUUUGAAGAUAUUUAUUAUCAAAGCGAAAAUGUAGUGAAAAAGACACUGGAUGAAACAUUUUCUCUUAAAAAAUGUAGUAUACCCACUGACGAAUUGGUCGAUAAUUUGAACAAUGAUUUGAAAACACUGAGCAAUGGUGAAUCAGUGGUUGAUAAAACAAUAGAACCAUCUUACACGCCAGACAGUUUGAUAACUGACGAACCUAGUUCAUCAUCAGAUUAUUUAUCUGCGACUUACACUUGUCCACCGGGAAUAUAUUCUUCCAUUUGCCAACCUCUGAAUAAUAUCGGAGAUUCCUUUACAAAAAUGGAUAGCACGUUUACACCAUCAGAUUCUGGUGUAGAGAAUGGACUACUAGAAAGCCAAAGUAGUCAUCGUGAUAUCACGUUGACUGAUUUAUCUUUAACGGAAAGUGCCAUACAAGACUCUUCGUCUGAUGACUUAAAGCAAAUGUUAAGUUCGUCAAAUCCAACCGAUGACAACAAUGUGUCAAAAUAUAAAUAUGCUAGUGGCCAGUCAGACAAGGGGUCUUUAAGUAGUACAUCUACUGAAACUAGUAGUGGACAAGUUGCGUAUCGACAGACUGAGGAGAGGUCGUCGGUACGAGCAAUGGAUCUUCAAUCAUCGAAAGAAGAAAAACAACGACAAAAUGAGGAGAUCGUUAAUUUGGAAUCAUCCUCUGUAUCAUCUGAAACUGGAUCUUGGGAAUCGAUAUUUCCACCAAAGAUAGGCGAAAAGGCAAUAUGCGAGCAGUUUAUAUCUGAAGAAAGACAAUCUAACAAUCAGAAUACUGUGACAAAAAUCACUGAUUUUAUGGAAAAUAAUUCCCAAAGCUUGGUACAAAAAAUACAAGUUCAAUCUGGUUCCUGUUUCAUAGAUGCUGCUAGCUUACAGGAUGAAGAUGAGACUAUAGGAAUUGAAGAAAAUCUAAAAUAUUAUGACAAUUACAAAAAGAGAGACAUUGAGAAAUCUGACUCUCUUCUACCGGUUCUAAGCGAAACACCAUCCAGCAGUCAAAUUGAGACUGGUAAAAAUGGUCUGUGUGAUGGCACUGAUGAUUAUACCAAGCCACAACCCAAAGCAGAUUCAAAUGAAAUUGUCGAAAUGAAAUCACUUGAAGAAAACCAUAAAAAUACCUCUUCUCUUACAAAUGAUUUUAAACAACAUUUUGAUGCUUCAAAUGAUUUUGGAAAAACAUCUGAUACCCCACAUAAUUCAAUAAAUGUUUCACAUCCAUUACAAGAGAAAAAGGCAACCAACGAUGAAAAAAUAAACAAUGAUGAAAAUAAUUCAACAAUAGAUAAUAUACCAGUGGCUCAAGAAAAAUCUAGUCAUACAUUUUACAUUGAUUUCUCCAGUUUACCUGAUUCAAACCCUACCGAGGACACCAAAACUGUUGAAACCCAGUCAGAGAAAAAAAAUAUGUUUUCAAUGUUUAUUGAUUUGGGAGAAAAAUCAAAGUUGAAGAAAAUACCUGCAAGACUUUCAUCUCUAUUUCCCCCAAGGAAAAAUACGAAGGAAAAAUCAUUGAUUGAACAAACAAGCACAGCAUCAUUUGAAAGUUGCGAGAUGUUGUGCAAGGAUACUUCUUUGACUAUUUCUGAAAUUGUUGCUAUACAUAACCAAAUGGAAUCCGAAAAGCAAACAGCUUUUGUUCAAAAAUCCGAGCCCUCGGCGGAGGCAAAUUACAAUCCUGACGAGAUGGCUUCAGAAAGUGUUGUCAAGGAAGUGAAAAAUGUUCAGGAUCAUUCAGACCUGUUUGUGAAGCUCUCCGAUUUAGACAAACCUCCGAUGAAAACCGAUUUUACUCGGAUCUUACAAAGAAAAAGUGAAGGAUUGGAUGUACGGAUGACUAGAUCGAUACCAGAGAAUAACUGGCGCGUUAGUCACACGUCUACAUAUAGAUCAACAGAAAUAGUUAGCUCUUUCCACUCUGAGAAUGCAUUGAGCUUGAAUCGUUUAUUCCCUCAUUUGAAAGAUCAAUUGAUUAGUAGGAGUAUGCCUGGAUCCCAAGGACCUCUUAACUAUUCCAACAACGCAGUGGCUUGUAGUGAUUGGGAGGAUGAACUGACACCAUAUGCAACCAAUGAACAAACAACUGUUGCUGUAACAACUGUUUCAGUGACAGAAACCUGUACAUCUAUAUCCGCGGAGGAAUUGGGUAAAUUGUAUGAAUUGAUGGCGUCCUGUCAAUCACCAUUAGGACAAGAUUUACUGAGGAUGUUUAUUGAGGAAAUAGCACCUGAUGUUAUUGUUGAAUGCAGUGGAAGGCGAAUCAAGGCACAUAAAUGCAUCUUAAUAUCUAGAUGUCAAUAUUUUGCUGGGAUCUUAAGUGGCAGUCGGAUUGAAGCCACAGGCAAUGUUAUUGUUAUGCCACCAUUCUCUCAAGAAGUAUUCUUAUUCGUUCUUUGCUACAUUUAUUCCGGGAUAUCGGUGAUACCAAGUACAAUGAAUAUUGUUGAACUUGUAACACUUAGCGAUAUGCUACGCCUGGAAGGGCUGAAAGAAGUAAUAAUGCUUUAUCUGAAAACAAAAUAUUGUCAUCACUUCCAUAGCCCUUGUGAAGUUUGUAUUGCGGGUAUACUUGAAAGUUUCCAUCUCUCAUCGAUGUAUUCGCUGGAUGAUCUAUAUCAUAAAUGUCUGAAAUGGAUCACAAGAUUUUUCCCUCUUGUGUGGCCAACGAAAGCAUUUUCAUCUAUGAAUGAUUACUUGGUGGAGAAAUGUGUCAGAGCUUUGUUGGAACACAUCUCAAUUGAAACCUUCCAUGGUAUAGUGUUUGGAUUAGGUGUUACAAUGGCUGCGCUGCAAAGCAGAAAAUGGACUAAGAACUUGGAGCGGCACUGCUACCGUGUGAUGGAAACUGCUAUCAGAUAUGCUGCGAACAACCUCGAGAUUCUAAUGAGGGAGUUGGCACCUUUAUCAGCCGAUGCCCAUAGCUCGGCCAAACGUUCACUAGAGAAGUGCAUGAAGAGUGCUAUCGAAAGGGCGCCGGGAGAGGAACUUUGCCGCACAUACGUUUUGUUGGGUGACUUGAUUGAGAAGCAAGGAGACAGCGGCGCACUUUAUGAACAGAGAUUCGAACCUCGAACGAUCCUGUAUGUUUAUGGCAACUACUGGCAACACUGCUGUGAAAUCGCUCUGGCAUACGCAUCACCGCGAUUGACUCGAACUCAAGCGUAUAAAGACUUGCCCUACGAAGUCAAACGAAAGUUGCGUUUGCUUAGUCCGCAAGAAGCUCUGAGUCCCAUUGGACCGGUGAGGAAUAGAGACAUCUAUUCAAACCCGAGAAGCGUCCGACCUCAACUGGCCAUUCCACAGUCGACGGCACUAUCCAAAUUGAAUGCCAACAAAACGGUGGAAACUAAAAAGUCACCUACCACCAGCACAUCAGCUGUGCGCACAACUAAAGCCCAAGAGCAAAGGACAAAGUUCAACAUAUUAAAGAAGAAACUGACUGAGGAACGUGAUAAUAAUAUUAGAGGCGCUGUACCUCGUCAAAACUUGUCCCCCAAGAGGCGAUCCAGAUCAAUGGAGAAAAAUGCGAAAACUGACAAGAAAGUUCCUUCUCAAGGAGCAGCUGCACAAAAUAAUUCUUCGGGAAACUCCAGCCCUAAUGAUUCCUCAAAAGGGAAAUGGUCGUCACGCAGCAAUGUGGCCGGAACAUCGCGCCCGAAGACUGCUGAUCCCGCACCUGAACCUGCUAAUGACAACAACAUGUAUGCAACGUACACAAAAUCGUCUCGCACUAAGAAAGAACCUGGCGAACGUACACUCCCACAAACUAAGCUGCCGACGUAUAAGUAUUCGUCGAUUUCAAAUAGACAUCACGAUGGCUCUGAAAAUAUGCCCAGUACAUCAACCGCAAGAGCUUUGCCUGCUGCAUCGUCAUCGAACACUGCACAGCAGAAACACGAUGAACCUGCGAAGAAAACGAGCGGUCUGAUAAAACCGCGCCCUAACAACCAACUGAUGAAAGAGAAAUCUGGUUCAUUGAAGAUUCACCAUUCUGAGACACGUAUAUUCUGUACCUCACCGCUGAGGGGAUCAUCUGCUCAGAUGCACAGAGAGAUGGCCGGUCCUUCCAGCCGACUUGUUCCUUUCACCGUAUCGGUACCGAAAUGCGAGCACCACGUGAACCGCUCAGACAAGGCUGUUGCCCUUUACAACAGACCUUCAGCAACAAAAACUCAGACUGUACAUAAGGUGAGUGGAUCCCUCACUAAAGCGACUAAAUCCAGCCAAGCUAAAGCUGUCACUAAAGUAACCAAUGAUGGAAAUGGAACAGCUAAAGUUUCAAAGCAACCAGUGAAAGCCAACAAUAGACAGGCUGUACCUCGCACCGAGCGACCUCUGAAGAACCGGUCACGCACCUGGUCAAAAGACGAGCCUAAAGAUGAUUCUGACGAUCAACAUGCAUUCCACGAUGACCAUUAAAUAUAUUUACUUAUUUUACCUCGUCUUGUAGCUGUUUUAUGUGUAUAUGUGUCUAUAUUAUGUAUAUUAUAAGAUUAAUGUCUAUACGAAUAUAAUCAACAGUUAUUUGAAAAUUAGAUGAAUACUAACAUCUUAUUGGUAAUUACGAUUUAUCAUAACUUAUUUCAAUAUCAAGAAAUUUAGAAUUUUAAAUUAAUUGGUGUUACAUCGAUGUUUAUAUAUCAAAUAAUCAUGACUUAAAUUAGACUCUCUCCUACGGCUUAAAGUUUAAACUUAAGGAAUAGCUUUCUAAGUCCCAUCUGUCUAUAAACCUCCACUCGUAUCAAAUUCUUAAUGUUAUCGAUAGAUUAUGAAAUAGUAAUGAGCUUUGCAAUUAUUAUUAGCGCCUAUUAUGAUGGCUUAAAACGAUUUGAUCGUAUUUUAUUUACUAUCGAUGUGCUAAAAUUUUGAAAUAAUAUUUUUUUUUAAUUUGCCAAUUAUUGUAAAAUAGUUAAAAUCUCAUAUUUUCCACUGUAUAUUGUAA